AUGCAGGUUUCCCAGCCCAAUAAUGUUAAGAUCUACAACCUUUCUGCCGGAAAAUCAUUGCCAGAGGUAUUGAAGAAAGGCUUUUGUUAUAUUUUGUUCAUUUAGAAGCAGUUUGUGCUUGUAUUAAGAUUUUGCACGUGCUAAAGUAAGGCAUACAUUUAGCUAUAGUCAAUGAUCUGGAGCUACGUACACUUCGUUUCUUUUCUCUUUCUGGCUGGACUUUUGCAUCAUUGUUUGAAAAUUGAAAUUUUUUCUUUUCUUUUCUUUUUUUUAGUGGCUUUCUGAACGAAAGAGGCGGACAUUGCAAAAGAAUGAUAUUAGUAAGUUUUAAAGUCAUGCAUAGAGUCAUCUGAGAAAAUUAAUGUAAACUUAAUUUAAGCUUAAUGGUUUUCUGUAUUGAGCAGCACUCAUAAAGAUAAAGAAAGGAAUUUCAUUGACCUUAGUGGACAUGGUAAAAUUAUAAGACCUCAUUUGUAUCUUCAACUUAGGAGCAAAACUUCAAGUCAGGUGGUAAUUCUGCUUACCUUUGCCACUGAAAACAAUACUUUUCCUGUUGUUGUUUUUUGUUCCCCGAUUGUGAUGCUUUGGAGAAACUUGUAUUUUCAUUAUUAGAUAUCAGAAGAAGAAUUGAGCUUCUUCAAGAUUUUGAGAUGCCAAUUGCUUCUACAAAUAUCCUUGUUUCUUCAGACAAACAGUACAUUAUGUCAUCAGGUGAGGUUUGGCCAGGUUGUCAUAAAUUCAAAGAUUCAAUUUCUCCCUAACUUUUUUCUUCGCAAGGUUGAUUUUGCCCUUUACCCCUACCGACUGGACAAGAUUACUUUUAACUGUUCCCCACAAAGUCCUGGCCCCAGUUUUUCAAAAGCUGGAGAGCGCUAUAUCCACUGGAUAAAUCACCAUCCAACAAAUAAGUGUUAGGGAAACCACUGGAUAGUGUUAUCCACCUUUUAAACAACUGGGGCCAGGGGUUUCCCAUUGGGGAUGGUAAUAGCUACAUUCAUUACAUUGAUAAACUUGAACCAUUUAAAACCUUUGUGUUUCUUGGUGUUUUGGAAACCAUUGUAAGUUGGUGUUUGCUUUUGUGUUGUGGUGUGGGUAUUGUUUAUUGUCUUUUCAAUCUUUUGUAUGACAUCAUGGGUGAUUACACCUGUCGGCAACACCAAGAAACUACCUAAAAACUUAAGCCUUAGUGCUUUAAGUUAUUGUGACCCUUUUAGUUCAAUUAUAGCAAAAAAAGUGGGGACCAAAAUUGCUGUGAAAAUUGCCAUUUUGGCGUAGUGUGUUCUGCUCUACGAUUAUGUGUCAAGCAGCAAUGUUUUUAUUGCUUUGUGGUUAUGGUCCUUUUAAGUUUUCUGUGAGAUCAUGCACCCUUAAAAUAAUAAUUGCAUGUCAAAUUUGAUUGAAGUACCAGUAGUUGGUAAGGCAUUUCCAGUGUUUCUCUUUAACUCAUGAUGUACUAUUUUAUUAUACUUUUCUGGGGAUUAAUAUUUUCUGUUUGGUGACUGUAGCUCUAUAGCUCUGUAGCUCUGUGCUGCAGAGAGGACAUCAGAAAGAGCGCGUUGAAAACAUGAAAUAACAAAAUGGUGAAAAUGAAGAAAUGAUGAAAUGGCAAAAUGACUAAAAUUAUUUAGAAAUAAUACAUAUUUCAUUUUCUUUUACUGGGUUUUCUCCCUACAAUUCAGUUGGUGGAGUUGCUUCUCGACCCCACAGCUCUUCUCUGUUUCGCAGCCAUAAGAUCUAGAGGCUCUGUUGACGAGAUCGUUGUCAGGCAGACCUUGUGUGAUGUGUGUGCGCAAGCUCAUCAUAUGCGCCGAAAAUAGCUCUUUCGUGGGAAAAUUAACUGAAGUGUCAGCGGUGACAUCGAGCUGGCGGAGUGUAUUACAAAGUGAAGCUACAACUGUUACGUAUGUGAGGAUGGGGAAGUAAAAAGUCCAUACUUGAAAAAAGGAUUCUAACAGCUCUCCAAAUAAAUAGGGUGUAUAAUUUUGUGUGAGUCUGUCCUAAUUAUUUUAUUAUCAACAGGGUAUUGCAUGCACAAUUGAUUUGAUUUGCUUUGUUUACUCUACUAACCCCUUGUAACUUCUACAAAGGCAAUGACCAGAAGUGAAUUUGCCCUGACUAAUGCAAUUGCCAAUAAAUGGCUUUAAAGGAAAACAAUGGCAUUUUGUCCUUUUUCCUAAACAGGGUAAUAAAAUUGAGGGUGUUGUCCUAAACAGGCUAUGUAUUUUUAGGAUUUUUUGACCUAAGCAGGGUUAGGGUUUCAAAAUUUUAGUAGAUCACCUACCCUGGGAAUGAGAAAGAUCAUGUGACUCUAACUAGUCACAAACAGAAAUUGACUGUACUGCAAUGGCAAAGCAAUUUUGAUAGGUUUUGUAUGCUGAGCAGAGUUUUGCCAGUUCAAAGAAAGCAAAAAAAAUAAUGACUGGGCUCCAAAAAGGAACAAGUAGUCAGUUGUUUUUACUGUUUAAGAAAGCCAUUUCAUCACUUUGCCAUUUCGUCAUUUUGCCAUUUUUUGUUUUAAACACGCCCCAUCAGGAAGGGCAGGAGAGAAUGGGAUUUGGCUGUGGUGAAAUGCAACCUGGAGAAUAAAAAAAAUUCUUUUGCUUCCUCUUUCAGUGAUUUUGCAUUUUGCAUUUUGCUCUGCAUCUUACCCUUUGUGUGGAUGUAUACUGGUAAAGGGAAUCCAUUUUUUCAUCUUCCCUUUCUAAUAAUGAUUAACUGGACUAGUACGACUAAGGUGAUUAAUGCUUUAGUUUAGUGAAAUAAUAACUCACAUUGUUGCACACUCAUGAGAAUUAACUUUCCAUUUUUUCUUAAAAAUAUAUAGGGGUUUACAAACCUCGAGUACGCUGUUAUGAAACAUCAGAGCUCUGCAUGAAGUUUGAACGAUGCUUGGAUUCUGAGAGUAAGUGUAAAGUCUUUUGCUUCGUUAAAAAAAGUUGUGUGUGUUUACAUUGCCAAAGGAGUUCAAAUUAUAAUAUUAUUGUUGCCCUGAGCUAUUAAUUUGAUUAAUUAAUUUUUAUUGUUCUUUCUUUUUACAGUUGUGAAAUUCCGUAUACUAUCUGAGGACUAUUCAAAGGUGAUUUUUGUACAUGUUAGUUACAGGUCAAAAUGAAAUUCAGGCUAAAAUUUUUUAACCUAGGUUGUUUCUCUAUUUUUUUGUUACUUAUCCCUAAUUAUUCAUGAAUUACGGUCAGGAGGCAAAGAAAAUUGGGAAUCAACCUAGGCUAAAAAAUUUUAACCUGAAUAUAAUUUUGACCUGUAUUACAACAGGCUUUAUAACUUUUUUUUUUUAUUAAAGCAAAGUAAACAAAAUGAUAAUAUCAGCACUUAAGUAAAGAAGUGUAGUAAAGAUCGAAUUGUAGGAAACGCACAAAUUUCCGUGUUGUGCAAAACAACUGCAUUAAUACCCCUGAGUGAUAGAGAAUAAUAAUUAUUAUUUCCUUCAAUUUCAUUUACUAAUUUUAACCUGUGUUUAUUUUCAUUUAAAACGUCUACCACAAAGAUUGGACACUGGCUACACACCUUAAAGUACGUGUCCAUACAAAAUGUAUGUCCCGAGUUCUAAGAAGUAAGAAAGAAAGAAAGAAAGAAAAAACUUGAAUUUCUGUUUGUCAUGUAAAUUAACUCUGGGCAAGUACAUGUGACUCUCAUAUUAUUUCGUAUUGCCUGGCAGCCAUUCCUUGUUUAUAAUUUUGUUUGAGGAUGAUGUGCCUGAACCCUUGCCCACUGGGAAAGUCGGUUGUGAUUACUUACCCAGCAAGAAAAUCUACUCAUCCUAGACUGCUACCGGAUGGGGCUUUUUUCGUGUCCUUGUAUAUUAUGUUAAAAUUUUAGAAGACUAAAAGUAUCCAUAAUAAUAUAUAUUGUUCAGUAUUUUUAGUUUACUAGUAAACUGAUCACUGUUUUUGUGUCAAACAAACAAGUUAAAUUAUGCUUUUCUAAAUAACAGUAAAUAAUAUAGAUCAUGUACACUGUACUUUUUGCACUAAUUGAUUAUACUUUUUAGUAUGGACGGUAUUAUCGCACCAGAAUUCCCAAGUUUGGACGUGAUCUUGUUUAUCAUUACCCAUCAUGUGAUCUUUAUUUAGUUGGAGCAAGGUAAUCUUAAAUAAGUAUUCUUCUGAUGAUUUUUACCACUGUUAGAUAAUACAGAAUUCCCUCCUGGGGCCCGUUUCUCAAAAUGCCAGGAAACAUUUUGUGCCUGAAGGCAAAUAAUGAUAUCCACACCUGUGGAAUAGCAGCACAGUUCCUUGUCCAUAAGCCACUCAAUUUUGCUCUGUUAACUGAUAGUUUCAUUUCAUUAUUUUCAAAAUUAUUGAAACUUUGAUCUUGAAUGUAAAUGUGGCAAACACAAAACUUCUUUCCAGGCCCAAAAAGUUACUGGGACUGUCAAGAAACAGGCCCCUGAAUAGAAUCAGACAGGUUUUUUUAGAUCUGCUAGUAGUUUUUUAUUCAUUUAUCUCACACUGAUCCAGGGCUGUCAUUAAGAGCUGGGGGCCGGGGAUUUCCCCCGGCUACUAUGAAUGUGGUCCCUGGCUACUUUCACUGGAAAAUAGAAGAAAAAUAGAACCAACCUUAGCUGUUUGAUUCCCCACCUUCUUGUUGUAUUUACCCAGCAACUUGAAAUCUUAAUGACAACCCUGCUGAUCCUUCAUUUAAAAUAGUGUUCACCGUCUUUACCUCAGGCUUGUUGUUUUGAUUACAUUAUUUCAUUUGAUUGGUUUAUAACUAUGGUUUAUCACAUUGUAUAAUAAAUUAUUAUUAAUUUUUUUUAAUUUGUAACUCAAAGCAAAUUACAGAGUUCAUUUUUCAACAGUAGUUCUUUUUAUUGUUUAACAGUUCUGAAGUUUACAGAUUAAAUCUUGAGCAAGGACGAUUUUUGAACUCUCUACAGACUAGUGCUGUGUAAGUAUCCUUUUACAGUUAAUUAUAUUUGCCAUAUUACAUCUAGACAGUAUUACAAUAUUUAUUUUGAUUUCAGGGAGAUAAACACUUGUGAUAUUAAUCCAGUUCAUCAGCUUUUUGCUGCAGGAACAGCAGAGGUACUUGUAAUCUUUUUUGAUGACUUCAUCUUGAUAAAUAAAUAAAUUAUGUCAAAAAAACUUGGCAAAUGUACACCUGUAUGGCCAUCUAAAAUUAAAAACAAGCUUGGUCAUUAAUACAGUCAAAUCUUAAUUGGCAAUCAUGCUCAUUCUGGUUUGGUUUAAAAAAACUCUUCACCCUGCAAAAGUUAGCUGGAAAAGUUGUCCUUGACUAUUAAAACUGAUGACGUCACAAGUUGUAGAGGGGACGUAGUUUCCCACGGGCAGCAGUUCAGGGGCAAAUAGGUUAACUAUUACUUAAUUAUUUCUUCCACCCAAUUAUGCAGUACAGCUGUAUAUACAUCAUGUCAAACAGUUUUUUUUGGGCCAAAAAUACCCAAAGUACCGGUAGUCAUUAUAAAAAACUAAGAGUGUUGCAACCAUUGCUUCUUUCUCUUCUCCUUCUUUAAUUUUUUACUUCUGGCUUUUUUUUUCUCCUUUCCUUUUUUCUUUUGCUAGUGCCAUUUUGAGCUUAUCGGGCACGAAAAAAGACCGUGACUUUCGGCCAUUUUUUACUCAAGUGACUGCAAAUUUUGUUAGGUUUUCAAAAUAUUGGCUAGAUCGAUACAUACUUAAAAAUGUUACCUUGUAACUUACACUGAAUCAGGUUGUCACUAAGAUUUCAAGUUGCAGGAUAAAUACAACCAGUAGGCAGGGAAUCAAACAUCUAAGGUUUUCUUUUGGUUCUAUUUUUCUUGUAUUUUCCUUUGAAAGUAGCCAGGGGUCAUGUUCAUAGUAGCGGGGGGAAAUUCCCGGCCCCUGCCCCUUAAUGACAGCCGUGCUGAAUGUAUUUUCAUUGUUUCAGGGCCAUGUAGAAUGUUGGGAUCCUCGAUCCCGUAGCCGGGUUGGUGUUUUGGAUGUUGGAAUGAGUGGACUUGACUUCCAGAGGUACAGAAAACUAGAAUAAUAUUGCAUUUACAUGUAUACUGUAUCUCGGUAUGUCUCCCAUCCUCGGAGACCCAGGGGCAGUCAGUCGGGUCCGGAGAAAAGGCAGGACGAAGGUGGAAGAGCCCCUGGGCACCGACUCUCACCGGACCAUUUCCAAAAAUUCAAGCGGAUUCCGGCUCCUGGCACAAAAAAUGGUUUGUAUUAUUGUGCUCAAUCGGUGAACACAUCUCCUGAGUUCCUUUCGUCUGUUCGUACACGACGGCUAUUGUCUCGCCACACUUGCCCGGUUUGUUCACCAAGCUUGUGUGUGCAAGGGAAACUUUUAUUUUCUACUUUCCUAACCAGAAACAAAGGAACUACCGAUGAGUCGAAAUAACUUUUGGAAUGCUAUCAGCAGGAGCAAUUGAAUCUUUUCCUUCAUGACGCUUCCGAGCUGACGCAGAAGCUCGUCAGUGCACAGUGAUGUGUACACUCAUCUCAGCUGAUGCGUCCAUUGCAUCAUUUUUGGGUCUGCAUUGUUCACUUAGUUCUGGCCUGCACUGUAUUGGCUGAAGAUCGAUAUUGGUCAAUUAUUUAACAAUCAGACUAACCAUACAAACAGCUGUUUUCCUCCCCUUGUUUCUAGGUCUACUGUCAGUUUGUACUUGCAUGACUGUACAUGUACAUGUGUAUUACAAUGUCAUUUUGCAACUGUAGUUAUAACAGACCAUUUUCUAAUGGUUAUUUCAGUUUGGACAAUGUUCCUGCUGUGACGGCACUCUUGUUCAGGGAUGGUCUGACCAUGGGAUUAGGAACCAGUACAGGACAUGUGAGUUCUAAAAACCACACACUGCUUUCUAUAAUACCACCAGUCUUGAACAAAAUUAUGCCUUUGUUUUAAUUUUUUGUUUAAUUUUUGGCUGUAAAACCAGCUGGGAGGAGAAUGGGGAACACGAUCAUGGUGGCCUAGCUUCCACACCAAAAAGCACUUCCACACUCUUAUCCUGCCAGCUUUGCUGAUAGUGUCAAGUGUGUAGAACAAUCACACGAUCAUUUGCUAUUUUUGACAGGUUCUGCUGUAUGAUCUUCGCUCCACCAAGCCUUUGUUAAUUAAAGAUCACCAAUACGGUCUGCCGAUUAACAGUAUUGCAUUUCAAGACAAGCUUGGCGUUGUCUUGUCAGCUGAUUCUAAGAUUCUAAAAAUCUGGGACAGAGAAACAGUGAGUAUAGUUUCUUAUCAAAACUAAUACGUUUGAAGCUAACCACAACGGCCACCUUGGGGACAGACAAAAGUGGCCCUUUUGGAGAGGUGGCCGUUAUGGUGAGGUAGGGGGUGUAAAUAAGAAUUUUGUUUUAGGGAGUACAGCAUGUUUAUUGCGACAAAACUUUGCGUAAAAACAUUUUAAGAAAUUUAAAAAAAAAAACAUGACGACGUUACGACGUUCUCAGAGGUCAUUAUCAAGUCAGAAAAUAGUGUAUAUACUCAGAGUGAGUCCAUUAGUGCGAAACUCUUUGUUUAACUUGUAGCAUAUUUUGACUCGUUACUUUUCUUUUUAAUGAUCUAUUAUAUUUUCUUGUUACGCUCUUGCAGCUUUGCUGCAGUACAAAAAAUUGCAAAAAAUUUUGAAAGAGGUUUACAAAAAUUCGUUUCAAAAUAGCGUUAAAAAGUAUCGGUCCCCGACUUCCACAAAACGAAAAUUAUUUUUUUUUCACGUGAACAACACUCUUAUCCCUUGGUUUUUUAUGCCAUAGGGGAAACCAUUCACAUCAAUAGAACCAUCUACAGACAUAAACAAUUUGUGUCUUUAUCCUGAUUCAGGUGAGAACUGCCAUAACUUUAACAUAAGUACAUGUAAAGGGAAUAGUUAGAUGGUAUCAUUUGUGCUGUAGUGGUUAUGUUGUACAUGUACGUAAAAUCGAUUUAAGGUUCAAUCAGUUUUCAGCCUGGUUUGAUUUCAAAUUUCCCUUGUUUCGUAGCCCUAAUUAUACAUAGGAGAGAAAAGAAAACCUGGUUUAACCUGCGGAAGGAUUUUACCCAGAACGGUUACCAUGAAGCUACGUAACUGCCGUGGCAGUUUUGAUGUUUUCCGGUUUUUCUUGGUCAAGAAAGUUCGCUUUAAAGUAAUAUCUCUCAUAUUUCUCUAAGUGAAUUUAUAACUCAUAGUUCUAUCCCUCCUAUCAAGAUACUUUUCCUUGCGUGUAUGUCUAGUUUUUUGUCCAUGCAUCCUACAGCUGUACAUAGCCAUGUAUUAUGGCCGUACAUCAACAUGUACCAUGUGCGUUGUCACUAUGACUUGUUUGUUUAGCUCAUUGUAUAUUGCAUCGUACUUUUUCAAUAGGUUUGGUGUUCAUGGCAACUGAAUCACCCAAAAUGCUGAUCUACUAUAUCCCGGUAAGUCUAAACUAUAGUCCUUGUAAAUACUCAAGCUUUUUUUAUUUUCGAUACUGUUUCAGUGUAGCUCAGUCUUCAAACUUUUAACUUUUAGUUUCAACUAAUACUAUAGAUUAAAAAUCCAACGGAAAUUUUGUUUAAACCUCUGGGUCCUGUUUAAGUGUGUCUUUGACUAAGGACAGUUUGAAAAGGAGGUUACUAAAAUCGGAAAUCUGGGUUUCAGAACCAUUUUUCCUUCGUUCUUUACGCUUCUUGCCGCUGCCUGUGAGCGGGAAGACCUCUGUCUAGCAUCCAGGAUAUGGCUGGUACGGUCGAAAACGUGACCGGCGCGGUGUGAACACCAUAACCGAAUAAAUUUUUACACGAACAAGGUGCGGAUAAAGUAGCUUCGACAAAAAGCACAACAUAAGCUUACGUCUUGUUUUGUUUUUCCCCUUCCGCUGUAGUUUCGCCGGCUCUCCACAGUUUUCUUUACCGACAGUGAAACAAACGAAACUAUUCCACUCCAUUUCUGAAAUGUUUCUCACUUUUUUAACGAGAAAAAACUCUUUGAGAAAAACUUUUCUCCUCGAAUGUGUGUGAAGCGGCGCUCAGCAACAGGGGCACCCAACGACAAUUUUCGGAAAAAUAUCUGUUCGGAAGACGAUUUAAGAUCUAGAAUUUUCGGAACAUUUGUUGUAAAAUUUCUUGCUUGCCUGCCUCUCCUAGGAUUUUCGAACAUCUAGGAAGUGGUAAAAUUGCCCAUUUUCAACGGAUUUUUACCCUAAAAAGGUCACCUAGAAUUUUCGGGAGCCUUUUUUCUGGCCGAAAUUUUCGAACAGGUAAGUUUUGAUCCCUAUAAUUUUCGGAUCACUAGACUUUCAGCUCUAGGAAAUCCGAACAGAUGAAAAAUUUAUAGGGGAUAAAAAUAUGCCCAUAUCCACCGUUUAAAUACUAAAAUACGUUUAACAAUACUAUGUUUAAGUGGUUUUGAACUAUAUUUUCGUUGGGUGCCCCUGCAGCAAGCUGCAACAAAAUGCGGGAAUUUUAGCGCGAAACUCACACACCUCUGUGGCUUCUUAUUGGACGUAUCAUUUUUCUCACAUGAGAAAAAACAUCGUUCCCGAUUCUGAUUGGACGUAUCAUUUUUUUCACGUGUGAAAACCAUAGUUCACACCUCUGAUUGGCUAGAACUCAUUUGCGUAUCAAAAUUCACAACACAACUUUUUGGUGAGUAUUUCUCAGUAUGUAUAUAAUACAUGGAUACGUGGUAACUUAGUUGGGAGACACCAUUUAAAAUUUGCUAAAGUAACGCCACUGACAAAAGUUAAAGUUCACCCUCGUUCGUUCGUUCCGUGUGAACAAUGCAAAGAAUAUUGAAUGGUUCCGUGUGAACGAAGUGUCCGGUCAAAUUUUUAAGCCGUGUGAACGUAGCUGGAAGUGACAGGGUUGCGUGUGUGAAUAGAACAUCCUAAUGUUUGCGUUGUUGCAGUCUCUUGGUCCAGCUCCAAGAUGGUGCUCAUUUCUGGACAACUUAACAGAAGAGUUAGAAGAAGACCAGCAGCCAACUGGUCAGUGAAUGUUUACUUAGCCUUGAAAUCGCCAUUUAUAGUGGGGGUAACCCCAAUUCUUUCUGCCACCUCGCAAGCAAAUUGCAAGGUGGGACACUUAUUUUGCGGGCAGAAAUCCAUCCCCCCCUCCCUCUUGUCAAACAAGCUUAAAUCCUCCUUGCUGUCUGAGACGCAAAUCUCUGUCAGCGAGUUUUGACACUUACUCUGGUACUAACUUUCCCUGUGAAAAUUAGGACUAAUACAAAUUGGAAGCUCAUUGUUGCCACAUGGAGUUCUUUUGACUUACGUUGUUUGGUCAUUGACCUGAUUUUUCUCCAGUCCUGUACUAAUUUUCUGCACAUACACGUUAAUCGCCCACAAGGCCGGAUUUUAUACCUUAAUGUUUGUUCUUUAUGUUUCUUUACAGUUUAUGAUGACUACAAGUUUGUGACUAAGCAAGACCUGGAGAGUUUAGGUACAGUGAAGCUAUAGUAUGGAAUAGUUCUGAACUACUGACCGAUCGUUACGUCUGUUUACUUAGCUCUAUCGUUUCAAUUUUUAUUGUUAUUCACAUGGUACAUGUAUUUCAUUAGGCAUCGUGACACAGCUGUUAGCAGCUAUCAUUUCCAGUUUUGCCUUACAAUAGCCGUGGCUAAAUGACACCCUGUAAAACAAUUAAAUCACCUUUCUUCCGCCUCUUAAUGACAUUCUUGAGUGUGCACGUGUCGAUUGGAAUGUUGCUUUCCUUGGCCGUCACCUGCACUCUAUUGGGGAGCCAACCACAUCAUAGGUAUCAGCUACAAUUAGGGUCAUCCGCCGAGAAAAGCUGAGUUUCACUCAAUAAGAUUGCAUUGUAAUCUUUUAACUUUUAAUCUUUUUGUAUCCCCUAGGUCUGGCACAUUUGAUGGGUACCAACCUAUUGCGGGCCUACAUGCACGGAUACUUUAUAGACAUGCGUCUCUAUCACAAGGUAACCAUGGUAAUUCGUACUCGGAAAGUUUGAGUGUAGUUGUACACAUUCUAGAGUAUAGACGUAUAUACUGUCAGUUAUUUACUGACAGCACUUGGUUGAAGUUGAUGUUGACGUGGUCUGGAUAUUGGUGUUUCUUUUUAAAUUUCUUCCCAGGCCAAAUCUAUAGCCGAACCUUUUGCAUUUGAAGAAUAUCGCAAGAAACGCAUCCAGGAUAAGAUUGAGGAGGAACGCGCCAACAGGGUCAAGCUAAAGGUCGGCAAAAUUAAGGUGUCCUUUACUAGUAUGUUCGUUUUAAAACGAUGCUAUAUUCGCAUUAUCAUGAGCGUUGGACACAGGUGGGAAGAGGUAUAUGUAAUCAGAUUGGAAACUAAUACUUACACUGCUUUUUGUCUUUUGCUAGAAACUUCCCAAAGUAAACAGAAACUUGGCGGAAAAACUGAUAGAAGAGAAGAGGGAUACUAAGAAACAUACGGUUUCGGUAUGUUAUUGUAAUCUGCACUCUAUGUCUUCUUUUUCUUCUUCUUUCAAGAAACCCCCACCUCCUUCAAAAAUGAAGAUUCUUGUGUCAAAGAGUGUGAGAGUAUAUGUAGAGUCAUUCACGUAGACGUGUGGGAUUACAUGUAGAUGUAGAUUACAUGUUUUCCGUUUUCAGUUCAUAUUUAAAAGGUUAUUUUCAACUGAUUUAAAACGUUGACACCCUUUUCGGCAUAGUUUUUAAUAUUUUCGAAGUCGUUUGCAUUGCUGACUCGGGCCCUGUCCACACUUAUCCGUCUUGGUUUGAAAACCACGGAGAUUUUUUUUCCUCCGUUUUCAAAAAAAUACGCGUCCACACGUAGCGUAUUCGAAUCGUUUUAGCCCGUCCAUACGAAAACGCUAAACAAUGGAAAUACGAUAGCACCCCUCACAGAGUAUGCAUUAUGCUAGUAGUAUGUAUAACAUCAUCGUAUUCGAAAACCUCCGUUUUCAUCCGUCCACACGUAAACGAGCGGCCAGCGUUAUCUACACUCCAGGGAGCGUUUUUGAAAAGAUGCGUCUUCGGUGACCGUUUUCCCGGAAUGCGUGUGGACGGUAGGCCAAACCGGAGGAAAAAAUCUCCGUUUUUAAACAAAAACGGAAACGUGUAGUCGGGGCCUCAGACUUUCAAGUAUUUGCCUUUAUUAUUCCGAGUUGUUUACGUGUGGCUUUGCUUCGUUUUUCAGUCUUCUGACGUCAGCAAUCCUUUGGGAGAUGACAGAUUCUCGGCCAUGUUUUUGAACCCAGACUUCCAGGUGGACGAGGAAAGUGAGGUAAAGCGAACUUACACCGCUCCAGUGUUCUAUAAUAUUUAUCAAGAUACUCUUAAUCUAAGAAUGUUUUUUUGCGCUCUAGAAACUCAAAAGCUCUGAAAAAAAAAACGGUCGAUUAUGGCCGGCGCUAAAUUGCCAUCCGACUAUGGUACCAUUAUUGAUAAGAGGUUCAGAAAAUCAAGAUAAAUUUCUCCCAAGAAUAGCGGAAUUCAAAACGUGCCCGUUGCCCGUUGCACAACCUUUUAUGACAUACAUGUAUGAAAAUGAGUGUGAAUUAAAAUUCAUCUUCAUAUACAAGGGUGAGUACCAACAGUGGUUUUUGAAAAUGAGGCUAAAGAUAAAUCGGCGAUAGCUUGAUGUCUCUUUCAUGGAGCCCGUUGAGAAAAGGUCAAAAUAACUGGAUAUUGCUCCUUAACUUAGCACAACUAACAAACGUACCACACUUAAAAGGACUGACCUUUUCAGCGUUACCUUAGAGUCCUUAUUUUAGAGGGCGUCGUCCAUUUUCAUCAUGUACAAAUCUGUGAGGCCUUAAUUCUUUAUCUUUUAUGUUACCUCGCACCUCACCAGCCUGCGCGUAGAUGUCUCAUAUUUCCACUGCGCACGCGUUUGCACCCCGAAAGUCAAUAAAAACCGUUACGUUGAUGGUAAAAUGGUAUAAAACACGAAGAAAGUUUUCUCCACGCCUUAUCUUUUUGGAUGGUGAAGGGAGACAGAAAUUUUGCCUCUUUAAUCUUACUAAUUUCAUCUGUUAAGGUAAAUAGAAACCCUUGAAGAAUUUUAUGUAACUGCAAGUGAAAUUGUCCUUAUAUAUUUUUUUGAAGGAAUACAAACUUCUUCAUCCAGUGGUUUCCAAGCAUGAGAGAGAAAAACAAAAGCGGCAGAAGGAAAAGCAGAAGUUACUGGAGCAGUUCGAUGAAAUAGAGGUCAGGGCUGGAAAAAUUAAUGAUAUCUUCAGUCCGAAAAAAAUAACUCACUUCCUUGUACCAAGGAAGAGUAAAAAGUAUUCUGCCUAAUUAUUUUAAAGCAUUCUUAAAUGGGCCUUUGAACAUUACAAAAUUGAAAGUUUAACAAAAAAUGAUAACUGAAGAUUUGUUAGGCAACCAUAACCCUUGAAGCAGCCCUAAUACCAGCGUUUAUGUUCUCCGCGCCAUUUUCCACAUUUUAAAUUUAGAUAUUUUAUCUGAUUAAGCUAUUUUAGUGAAAGGAGAAAUUAGAUUCCUCACUGGUCACUGUUAGGUUUACUAAUUAAAUAAUCCCGGAACUCUCACUACUGGUUACUGGACUUCAUGCUUCGAAAGUACAAUUAGAUUUUCUUAUUCUAUAGGCGAAUCUUGCUACAUUUCAUUUUUGCUGAUAAGAAUACGAAAUAUUGGGACAUCGUCCUAUAUAAAAGUUAAGGUCAAAAGUUGAAAGAGCUCGUCAACUUGAGCAAUAUGUGUAAUUUUAAGCUCUUCCAAGCAAUAUCAAAGGAAAUGGCAGGCAUCGAAAACUUCGAAAUUGCUGUUUGGUAAAAACAUUAAAGAGCCCAUAUAUUUUUGUAAAAUUUCGAUUUUAUGGAGAUUAUCUCCAAAAUAUUCGGUAUCUUGGGCUAAAAUUUUCAGAGACAACUAGUAUGGUUAUGCUCUUUAAAUAUUCAAUCUUAUUUUUGUAAUGGCUUGAUCAGAAAAUUAUAAGAUUAUAUGUAAAUGAGCCAAGGAAUGUAAACAAAUUUUCACCCAUAGGAACCGGAGGGUAUCCCUAGUGAGGAGGAAGAAAGCAGCAGCUCAGAAGACGAGAGGGAAUGGCGCAAGGAACUCAAGAGACAGAGCAAAGAAGCUAGAAUAAAUGAAGAGAAACAAGCUACCAGCAAACCAAAGUUUUACGAAUUAAAAUCAGGCGAAAACUUUAAAACCAUAAAGUCUACCAAAGACGUGUUGACCUCAAAACAAAAGAAGUAAGUAUGACACGAGAAUCUUUGGCCAAAUCGCAGAUCCUGGGUAUAUUUUUCCAAACCCUGAUUAGAGGAUCAUGCCUCCCAAUAAAUGGCGGACGAAUAUAUUUUUCACCUGAUCAAUCAAUUAAUCAAUCAAUUUAUUUAAAGUCAUUGCGUGGGAUUGAGGUUGCCCUCAGUAUCCGCGCCAGGGGCUCCUGUAUGAAACGCAUGACAAAAUGUCGUGUCCGGAACUCGUCUCAGUGAUAAAGCCUGGGUACGAGAUUUAUUUUUCACCUCGCGUUUUGUGAUCUUGCCGUCCCGGUGAACAUGUGUCAUAUGCAAACGAAAACUCAAAUCUAGUGCAACUGGGAGGAAGCAGCAACGCAAGAACCGGAAAAAAAUUCCAUUUUCUUACGUUUGUUGUCUUGCGCUUGAGUUUUGGACACGUGUGUGAACCAGUUACUUAUGAACAGUUACGAAACUUAGCUUAUUUUCAGUAGGAGCAAUUAUUUAUCAUCUGUUUCCCUUUUAAUCGAAAUAGCAAUCUGAUACUAAGGUCGCUGUGAACACUUAGUUACACUAUAAUCAGGUCAAGUUAGCCAUGUCAUAUUAUGUUCGGUACUAAUUCUUAGUGCAUAAAAUUCAAUUUCCCACAAAGUCAAAAUGGGAGUGUUUUGUUUUGUGUGUGUAGGGUAUCCCUUGGUAAACGUCUUCAGCAUGAAGAGAGUUCGGGUGUGAUCCGAUCAACAGGUUCAUCCUCGGGUGAAAAGGAGAUUACUUUUCAAGUAGAGAAGGUAAAAAAAGGACAUCUGUCUCAAUUUAACGUUACUGGUUUAACCAAUUUUUAUAACGAUUCUCUUAAAGAUUGAAAUGUACUUGCUUAACCUUGUACCUAAUGAAAACAGUCAUUUUAAAUUAUUGUUUUGUAUGGAAAGACAAAUACAAAUUGCAGCAGUAUUUUAGGAUACUGUAGCAGUUUAUUGCCCUUAAAUGAAGAAGGGCGUAAUUGAUUUUUUCUUUAAUUCACUGGUAUUUUUUACUGUCGUUCUUGAGUUAUUGUGGUGUGGGGUAAUUGUGUGAACGUAAUAUCCUAAGCGAUCAUGGUUACUUUUUGAUAAAGGCCAGAGUUUAAGCGAGACUUGGCCUGAAACAGCUUUUAAUGCGGAAUUUUAAUAAGAAAUAAUAAUUGUUUUCUAACUGCAUGCAACCACGUUUUCUUUUUCCCGCCAUGCAUCACGCGUCGAAAUAAGCGACUCUAUUGCAUUCAUCACAAUUAUUGUUUUCUUUGUAGAGUAACAAAGAGACAAGGAGAGAUGAAGAAAUUCGUGCUCAUGUCAAGGAACGGAAAAAGCUUCGUCGAUCAGCUAGUAGUGUUCUGGGGAAUGAGAAACGAAAACCAGUGUUCUGGAGAGGGAGGAGGGUUAGAUAA